AUGGCAAUUCUAAGCUCGCUGCUCAAAUUCGUCCUCCUGCUAUCGGUGGCUCUAUACCAAUUGUCAUGGGUGGACGCGAACUCGAUCGUAUCGCCGACGGCUCACCAAACCCUCAAACCGGGCCAAACGCUCACGGUGGUCGUUAAGAGAAAUUCCACCGAUUCAGCGGUUAAAACACUCGCUUUUGCCGUCGGAUUGACGGUUUAUCCGGGAAGCCUUGGGCGACCGUUCCUCCGGACAGUGGAAGUUGAAAAGGGGCAAGCUAAAUGGGACUCACAGCAUUCCACUUAUUCGUUCGAGGUCACUUUGCCCGCAGCCGAAGGAUUCAUCGACCAGUUCUCCAGACCGUAUACUUUCGGCGUCUCGGAGUAUUAUUUGAAAGGAACCUCCAAUGUGCCUGCCUUGGGGAUGUCUAAUACCCCUGUGACGAUCAAGCCGAACUGA